GACUUUCACCAGCAACACACCUGGAGGAUUCUGCAAUGUAAGCGGGAGUUUAUACUGGGAAGGAUUAGCAAAAAAAGAAAAAGAAAAAACGAUAAAUCGUACACGGAUUGAAAACGCACACCUAAGCAGCAGUAUGGACAAAGGCUGUACAACUGGGGCUUCUCUGUAACGGCUGAACAAGUCCCAUCAUGUCAAGGAAGCGUUUUUCAGGGUGUGCAGGUAGACACAGCCUAGUUUCCUGACAGAGACGUGUGCGCAUUUGUGGGAUUCAAAUAUCCUGUAUUUGCUCGGCAAGAAAGGUGGCAAAAUGUUUUUAAGCUUCACCACUUCCUAAGGAUUAAUUGUUAAACAAAGGAAAAAAUACAAAAGGAUUCAAAGACUUUUCAGGAUACAUAAAUAAGACAACUAAAAACAUUUAAGUCUAUCUCAACCAGAUCUCCCAAGAUGCCACUUAGAACAUCGUUGCACAGAAAGCCAUCCUCUGGUCGUUGGCCCAGCAGGAACUCAAAGCGCCGGGAGGUGCUGUCAGUCAACAUGAUUAGCUUACCACUGGCUGAUUUCCGCCACAUCUCACAUAUUGGCAAUGAUGCCCAUACAGACAGCUUUGGAGACCUGUCCUUCUUAAAGAUGGGCCACAGCCUGCUUUUGCAAAGCUCCCAGAGCGAGCAGAACCUCUUUAUGGCCUGCUCUCCGCCACCAAAGCCCCCUCGUCUGAACCUGGCUGACGGUUCAGAGAGCCCUGAAUGGUCUGUCGGCCAUCAGCACACCUCCCAGAAGAGAAUGAAAUGCAGCUCUCUGCCGCUGCUGGACAGUGAAGCAGGAGAAGGAGAUAUAGAAAAGGAGGAGGGAUACCAAAGAGGAAAUAAUGUUGCUUACAAUCAGACUCACAGCCUUGGUCGGGGAAGUGUGAGUUCAGACAAGGAUGGAGACUCUGCAGAAAACUGUGACAAAACUGCUGGACAGCAAAAGGAUGAGGACAGUGGCUUUUCAUUUAGCCUCGACCUGGGCCCUUCAAUCCUGGAUGAUGUUCUGCAGGUGAUGGACAAACUCCACAAUUAGACAACAUAGUAACCAAGCAUUACAGGAAAGCUUUACUAAGUCAAUGGAAUAUGGAGAAGAGAU